GCACCUUUCUAACCUCAUAUCCGUGUCUGUAUAUAAAUAAGCUAAGCUAGCAGGCUUGCCAUUUCAGACAGUGACCUGAAACAAGUCUAUAAUCAGCAGCCAAGCUGGGUUUAUAAAACCACAACCACAACACACAAGUCAUUUACUUUCCAUGCCGUGUGCGAUUCUACUCUAAACUGAUCGUUUCUCGUUUACUCUACUACAAUUCGCAACAAGUUUAUUUUGUUCUUUCAUUCGUUUUACCCAAUAUAUAUCGUACCUUCGUAUAUAUAACUCGCCUUCUAUACUACGAUCUUACUAAAACCGCAAGUUGGAGCUUUUAUUUUCAUCAUAAAACCACUAUAUUGAAUUUUAUUUGGAAACGUGACAGCUAACAUAUAUUCUCCUAACACAACAAUGAAGGGUUUUCCUUGUAUCGACGCUUUACCAGCAUCUCUCUCUGCUGUUGACGAAAACAUGCCGUUGCCAAGCGAACAGGGCGCACCUGUAAAAUGUGGUCAUCUCUACCUAAUCAUAGGGCCAAACAGACAACUGGCCGUUUUUGUCAACGUCUACUGGAGCGGCUUCGAACACUUUGCUGUCAUCUAUCGGGACAAGAAAUUCUGUAAUGCUUCCGCUUUCAUCCGUAUCAAGAGAUGUGUGGUGACCAAGGAUUCACAGAAAGGAAAUCGCUUUGUUAUAAUUCCGAAUAACAGCGAAGGUUGUACCAUUGUAUUUGAGUGUGAAACCGAGCGUGAAGCAGAUGAAUGGGUGAAGUCCUUGUCGUAUAAAUCUUACAAAAAUAAUCGUUGCUGCCUAUCGAAACCCUCUAUCGUACCCGAAAUGACGGUACCCAUACCAAAGUCUCCUGUUCUACCAACUCUGAAAGAAUAUGACGAAGAUGAAGAUGUUUGAACGUUGGAAGUUCCCUCAGUGUAUGUAUAAAUAUCUACACAUGCACAUUUUUAACGAAGUAAAAUAUAUAUAUAAUAUAUAUACAUUUCUCUAUGAAUGUGUAUAUUUAUAUAUAUUCGUGUUCUUUUGUUCUUACAAAAUCCAGCAUUCCCAUUUAAAGUUCUUUAUCUUUCUCUUCUUUCGAACUCCUUUGAAAGAAGUGGAAGGUUGGAUUUUUUUUUAAAUAUUUAAAUGGUGAAACAUGACAAAGAAGCUGAAGAGGAAAAAAUUGAAAAAAUACAGAAAGGAAGAUUUUUUCUUUCUUUUCUUCUCGUUUUUAAUUACUUUUGUUUUCAAGAGGGGAAGAAAAAAAAACCAAAGUUCUUUGAAAGACUUGCUGAAUAAGAAUACCCUGAAGAAAAAGAAAGAAUGGAUGAUAACAACAGGGAAAGAGACGGACAGAGACAGAGAGACAGAAAACGUGGUGAUAACCGAAAAAUAUCCAGAAACCAGAUGACUACCCUGGGUCUGGUUAACAGAAGGAAAAAAAUCAUCCACGUUUUGUUUUUCAAAAAAAGGGAAGAAAAUGCCCUCCCGGGAGGAAGUUCACAGUAAGAAAACAAAAAAAAAAAUCAGAAAAAAACCCAUUUAUUUCUAUUUAUUUUUUGUGCUUUUUAAAGCGGCCCACAAGGAGACAGCAACAACCCACAGAAUUAAUUUUUCAGAUGAAUUAAUUACUGAUCUGAUGAUAAUGAUUAUGAUGAUGAUGAUGAUGAUGAUGAUGAUGAUGAUGACACUACAAUUUGUUCCAGACACUAAGAAGGAAAACACUAUAGGAACAUUUUUCAUUUAAUUUUUUUUUUUUUUUCCUUUUGGAAAACUUCAUAUUCAGGAAUUGAUCGGACCUCAAAGGGACUUGUUGAUAAUAUAUUACAGUGAUAUAGGGGUGAGAAGGAACUGGCCCUCAACUAACAUUUAAACAACAACAAUAAGAAGAACACCAGUUACAGCGCUACCAAGAAGAAAUAACAAACUUUCUCUUCACUCAAAAAAGGAAAAAAAAAAAAAAGAUCAGAGAACAAGAUAAA